GUUGAUAGCAACAAAAGAAUUUGUCAACAGUUUGAUCUGAACUCGAUUGCUCGGAGUCAACAUCGCCUGAAAAUAUUACUCUUUGUCUGUCGAUGUUUUGAAUAUAGCUGAAGGCUUCCUAGCAUCAAUAUCAGCUGCCUGGAUAUUUCGUUAUUAGGCUCUGGAAAGUCAUAAUACCAUGAGAGGAAACCCGAUUUGAAAGAUAACAGAUAUAAGGAAGCAUCGUGCAAACUUCGUAGGAUCUGCUCUGCUUCGGCAGCAGAUCCUUUGUGAACGGUUAGUAUUAUUCGCAAGCUUCUGCUCCAUCAUUCGAGAAAGCUUUCCGGGCAAAAAGAUUUCGGUGUUAUCGUUAAGCUCGUAAAUACUUUCCGUUUCUAAUGGCAAAUACUUCCUUGUGUCCAUGUCGCCUGUCAUAAAUUACUAAGCGUUGCUAAGAGGUAUAGCGCUAUAAAAAAGAUAUGCCUUAAAUAGAAUUUCGCUUUACCUCGUAUCAUCUGUCAGUGUUUUAAUGUUAGGGUUGUAUAUAAAUGAAAGUUUUAUAAAUGAAUCUGUUACAUUUUAUAUAACGUUGGGGAAAUGAGGCUUUUGAAUCUUUUCAUUUCGUUUUCUCGUCAAGACAUGUUGGUAUUGACAUACAAAGUGAAAUUUACAUGCAACAGGACUGAAGCGUGGAAUGUGACACAACCUAAUUCAUUAUGUGGUGUAGUUUCGUCUGAUACGGACUUAGUGUAAUUACUCUCCACUUAGUUUGAGCAAUUUGAGCUCGUGCCCCAUUUUGUUUCGGAUAUUUGCGUGCCCACCUUACCCGGCAUCAGGGGCACCCAACGACAAUUUUCGGAAAAUAUCUGUUCGGAAGACGAUUUGAGAUCAAGAAUUUUCGGAACAUUUGUUGUAAAAUGCCCUGUCCGCCUGCCUCUCCUAGGAUUUUCGAACAUCUAAAAAAUGGUAUAAUUACCCAGUUUUAACGGAUUUUUACCCUAAAAAGGUCACCUAGAAUUUUCGGGAGACUUUUUUCUGGCUGGAAUUUUCGAAAAGGUAAGUUUUGAUCCCUAUAAUUUUCGGAUAACUAGACUUUCAGCUAGGAAAUCCGAACAGAUGAAAAAAUUUUAGGGGAUAAAAAUAUGCCUAUAUCUACCGUUUAAAUAAUAAAAUACGGUUAACAAUGCUAUGUUUAAGUGGUUUUGAACUAUAUUAAGCAGACCCCCAAUUAAGCAGACACCGUCUAUUAAGCGGACACUAAGCCGGGUCCCGAAAUUAACGUCUUACAUUUUUCUUUAUAACGAACCCCUAUUCAGCGAACACCUCUAUUAGGCGGACGCGGACACCUAAAAUCAAUUGUAACUGGCUAAUUUCUAUUGUUAAAAAAUCUUUAUUAAGCGGACACCGGACCAAACUGACAAUGGUAGUAUUGGACUACGUCCUUGAAAUACGUGCUGUAGUAGGUUAAUGUUUUUGCAUUUACAAACAAAUUAAAGUUGGCAAUGAAGGUAAUGAACUUGAACUCUGGAUAGCUUUGUUAACAACAUGGAACUUUAUCACAGUACAGAGUAACCGUUGAAUGUUAAUCGUUAACAAAGAUUGGGCGAGUUUUACAAACCUCUAUUAAGCAGACACCCUCUAUUAAGAGGACACUUGGCAUUCUUGGAUUUUAGAUUCCAUACUGUGGAUUACGGAUUCUAGGUACUGGAUUCUGGAUUCCUUGUUAGUGGAACUUGGAUUCCUUUAACGGGAUUCCAGAUUUUUUUAGCUGAAUUAUGGAUUCCAAACCCAAUAAUUCCAGAUUUCACAAACAAAAAUUUUUCGGGAUUUCAGAAUCCGGACUACCUUAAAUGCACUACUUGGCAAUUAAUUUUAAUUUGCUGUUUUCUACAUCUUUCCCACCACAGUUCAUACAUAUGAUUGAAAUGGAAGCAGACGAUAGCCAGGAAAGGUUCAUCAAAAAGAAAUGCCUUCCAGGCCUGACUGUUUGUGCACUGGUAUGUUGUGAAACACAGGAACAAAUUAGUAUAGUGUACGAGUAAACUGAAUGGGCAAUCAUCCUGGGGGGUGGGGCAGGGCAGGGGUACAAAGGGCGAUCUUUCUUAAUAAGAGAUCAUAUUAAAUGAGGUCUUGAACCCCCGCCCCCCAGAAAAAAAAACCUUGCUCUUAAAGUAGUACCCUCUUCUAUAUGUACCCAAGCAAUAUCCAACCUUGUCCCCAGGGCUUUUCCGUUAAUAAAUGGGUGGGGUGCCCCACCCAUUUUUUAAGGGAAAAGCCCUGCGAACGAGGUUUAGCAAUAUCUUUAGUUUAUUAUAAGAAGGUGUAUGUUGUUACUUGCUGCUGGAAUUAUUUUUUUAAAAGAACAAUUCAAGCCAACAGGACAUUAAGGCUUGUUAAUUAGAGUAUUGUCUGGUCUACUCUACAAUUUCAAGAAGGAUGCUGCCUUUAUUAAGAAAGACAGCAUCCUUCUUACAUUUUUUGCAACAAUUUUUGCAGCUGAGUGGUAUUUUCAUGAUUGGUGCUGGUAGUGCAGUGAUUGUUGAAGAAAAAACACACGCUACAAUUUCUACUAGCUUACCUAUACAAAGAGCCCCUAUUGUUCUUCUUGUGGCUGGAAUUUUAAGCUUGAUUGAUGGAAUUGUUUGGGCUGUUCUGUUAUGCUGCUGGAUCCAAAAUGCGAACUUUUGUGACCUGAAGAAAACAGUAGCAGUGGUAAGAAAAUUAUUUCUUUUUUUCGGGACCUUAUAGUGAAGUAUUGAUUCAUUGAUUCAUGAUAUGGUAGACUUCUAGGAGAGCAAGAGUUUCUCUUAAUUCUAUACCCCACCUGAGAGCCUCAUGUUCACAGGCUAGUUCAGAAUUUUAAAAAAACUCUAGUUACAUGUACCACCUGAUCAUCAAAUCUAAAUUUAUGGUAGGGUAUUUCCUAUAUAAUCCUGGAAUACUAGCAAUACUUGAACAUAAUUUUCAUGGUUACCGUUAGAUAUUAAAUUUCUAAACUAGCACUCAAAAGACUUCCUUGUGCAUCAGGAAGUAUCUUGGGCAUAGAACUAGGGGAGGUACACAAAAUUUUUAGGAACAAGGAGGUGUAAAAGUCCUGGAUUAUGACAUAACCCUUACACUCCAGCUGUCCUACAGCAAAUACACAACCAACAUAACAUCAUCACUGCAACCCAUUGUAUUUUAGUUGUUGUUGUCAGUUUUUGUUUCUUGACAGAUAUGGUAACAUUUGCAUAAACUAAGCCAUUUCAUCAGUGUAUAUUACAACAAACACCUAACCUUACACUCCUUACAUGUAUAAACACAAACAAUAAUAUUCUCCUGCAGGACCUUGGGCUGGGAGGAAAACUUUAAAAUACUGGUAAUCAUGUUACUAAAGAGUUGUUUGUCCUUAUUCCUUUUAGUUAACAGGCCUACUAUUAACAUCAGCUCUUCUUGCAUUGGUUGCUGGAGGUCUUGGGGUAGACUACUCCAAAAGGGUAUAACAUAUCUAAAUUAAACUUGCGACUUUCUGUUACCAGGAUUAAGUGAUGUUUGCAUGAAAUAAUCUAAGGGGUGUUUACAUGACACAAGGGUGACUUUCGCACCGGAGUGAGUUCACUCCGGUUCCCUCUAAUGGCUCUACAUUUGUUUACAUGAUACCACCACAAAAUGUCACGCUGGCGCAAGUCACCACGGCAUGAGUUCAUGAGUUGUUGUACAGGGGCGAGAAUUUCACUCCCGUACAAAAUCUCGCAACCGUGUCAUGUAAAGGUGAAAUGACCACACGUUUUGGUGUGAAAUCAGUAUGCCCAUAGACUGGAACGGGUAGCGCAUGCGCAACGUUUGCGAUUUUGAAUCUUACGUGUAUUUUAUCAACAUGAAGUGUACCUUCAAAUAACGAGAUAUGAAAUGACCCAGUCAUCAUGUAGACGCCAUACAAAAUAAAACAGUUAUCCCGGUAUAAAACUCGCGCCGGUGCGAGUUUUCUCAUGUAAACACCCCCUAAGAGUAAUAUACAGUUUUUGAAAAUUGCUGAGGCAAAAGUUUGAAAACCUAGGGUACUACGGAUAAUUUUAUUAAGUUUAUAUGCCUUAGCUGGCAGUUAUCAUUGUAAAAUCUGCGAAUUUUACCCAGAGAUGCUGAGAUCCUGGUUGCGGCAAAAUGGCCAUUACUUACAGCUACAAAUCAACUUAAAAAACAUUUUCAUCUACAGAUGUAACCUUUUUUGUGUGUUUUUUAUUUGUCCUAAAUAUUCCCAGGCUCAUAUUAUAAAACUUACGUACCUCAAUGUGAAUUUUCCAUCCUCAAAACUUUUGCCUCCAACUUCUCGGCAGUGUCAGGAUCUGACGGCAUAUUAAUAUUAGUCUUUUGUGUAGCAGUUGUCAUCCUUCGAGUGGUAUUUUUGGCUUUUCUUGCUAUCUUUUCGUUUUCGCACUUAACUUCUUCACAUGUCAAACAGAUGAACCAUACGUCUUUUUCCGAGAUCUAAUUUGCCAAACCAGCUGAGCAGCCGCGCCUUGUCACUUUUUCUGUCAAUCGUAAGGUCGGUAGUGCAGAGCUGGGAAAAAUGGCAUGCCUGAUAAUGCCUGAUGAGGAUGAACGGACAUAAAAAUGUCGCCCGGUUACUUAACGAGAAAACGCCACAAACAAUUCAUUUCAAAAUCCAGGACUAUUACCAAGCAAAGAAUAAGUCAAAUUAUUUCGCUUUGCAGUUUGACUUCCUAACACUUUAAGACGAAAUCCACCAGGACAUUGAGUAAUUUUGAUUUGCAGUGGACAAAAAUCUUGUACCAUUUUAAUUUGAAGCAUAUUGCAUUCUUUUUUACAUUUUUUAAGGGCUAAAGAUGUAAUAAGUCAUCUGUAGUAAAACCCCCAAAAAUUUCUUAUGGGAGCCCGAGAAAAUGAAUGUCAAAUUUCACAAAGUUACAUGUUACACAUGAAAUUUUCAUAAUUAUAUCUGGCAUGUGUAAUCACAAUUCUUGUGAAAUUUGACAUUCAUUUUCUCUGACUUCAUGAGAAAUUUUCUUUGGUUUCACUACAGAUGAUUUAUUACAUCUUUAGCCCAUGAAAAAUGUUAAAAAGAAUGCAAUUUCUUUAAAUUAUUCUGGUACAAGGUUUUUAUCCACUGAAAAUUAAAAUUAGUACCACUUAAUUUCCUGGUGGAUUCCGUCUUCAUAACCCGAGCAAGGUUUUGUCAUGCACGGUCAUAAGCAGUGAAAACUGAUAUCAUAAACUAACUCGCUCGACCUUUGUUAUUUUCCUUUUUAGCCGCUUUAGGGAAACCCUGGCACUUACACCACCAUUUUUACUGAAAUACUAAGUAAACUUUAGGGAAGAGAGGUAUAGAUAUGUAGAACGGGUACAGAAAAAGUAACUUAAUUCAUAUAUCUGGGUUCAGCCAAUAAGCUCCAAUACAAAAUCCUUUGGGAAUCGACUUUGGUAGAGACCCUGAACCUAUCUGUGCGAAAAAUUCACCCACAUCCACUUACAGUGUAUCCUCCUGUUACAGUAAAAAGAAGGUCUUUAUUUCCUACAUUUGAUAUAACUUUUGUCACUAAUUUUUACUGAACUAACUCUUUCUAGCUGAAGAGUAAGUUUAAAGAGGACUUAACGGAAAAGAUAGGAGUGUAUGGAAAGACGGGACUGUAUGAAACAUUGGUUAAUAUCGACAAAUUACAAAAGGAGGUUAGUUGACAAUGAAUUUACUCGUCCAGCUUUUAUUCUUAAUGCUCAGGCAUGUCAAAGCUUUCCCCCAACUCUGUUCCUGAGGCAUUUGUUCGGAAUCUGGGAGUCCAUUUGGGAGUUCGCAGGGUUUGAUAUGAAGAAUUACGCCUUUCAAAGGAUCGAUUUGCAUAAUUCCUCACAUCAAUACUCAGCCCCAUUCUAGCCUGCGUAGCAGGCGCUUGGAAGUAGUGGGUGAAAGAGAGAACGGACGCGCGCGAGGGAGACACGCAACCUCGCGUGUCUCCUUCUCUUGCGCGCGUUUUUUCUUGUGCCCACUACCUCCAAGCGCCUGCUACGCAGGCUAGCCCCAUUCAAAAACUGUUUUAAUCGUUCAUUUGAAAUAUUCUCAAAAUAUAAAUACUUUCAGGAAGGCUUUCUCAAAACAUUUCCUUUUCAGUAUUUUGAUUUUCUUUGUGGACAUUCCUCAAAAGGGAGUUUAUAUCUAUCGAACGGUAUUUCCGCGUUUUCUUUAUAUCAUUUUAGCCAAUCUUUGGCUAUUUCGUCUUCCAAUAUGUAGCUGUGCAUCUUUUUCCCAAUUUAUUUUGAGUUCAGCAGUCAGCACUGCUUAAAGACCAAAACAGCUCAGCUGCCUCGUCCCUGUCUUGCAUGGUGUUGAUCUUGGACAGUUUAUAGUAAUGUGAUUUUUUUUCCUGAUUCUGCUCGAAAAAAUACAUCAUUACAGUCGAAGCUCUCCUUGCGACUACUCUCGUACGCGACCAGCUCUGGUUACGACCACCUUCUGCAACCCCGUUUGAGCUGUGAUUUAAACUUUUUGAUGAAAAGCUCUCGUAAGCGACUGCGACCACUUUUGAGAAUACCCAACUGGACUUUUCCUUGGUUUUUACGCUUUUGGUAAGCGACCACUCAGAGUCUUAUUCAUAUAAAGCAACACCCGAAAAAACACGAACAGUGAGUUUUUUUGAACGGCUUCAAAAUCUUGUGAUGUAGAUCAACUCAUUCUUGCGCUAAUUUUUAGAUUUUAACUGUGUUAUUUUGGUCUAAAAAAAUUGGACUUAAAGUUUAGCCGUGUCUACAGAUAUGGAGACAUUCAUCAAACAUAAAUUUCUUUUUUCCUUUAUGAAUUAUGAAUGAGUUAAUUCUGAAGCUCUGGUAAGCGACCACCCUCUAUUUUUUCACCAGGCGGUCGCUUACGAGAGUUCAUUCUCAUAAGCGACCUGCUCUAGUUGAAAUCACUUUUUCGAAUUUCUGAGGUGGUCGCUUACGAGAGCGUCGACUGUAGUUAACCAAGGGAGAACAAUACAGUUUGUUAAGGGGAAGAUAUUGGGAUCUAGGAUUCAUUCUUUCUUCUUAAACUGUCAUGAUGGCCUUGCAAUAAUUGAUGAUUACACUGUUUUGUCUUCAUUUUUAUCUUUACCUAUUUUUUUAUCGUGGAGGCGUCUGUUGCCGUGCGGUUAACACCUCGAUUUCUGGAUCUGGAUUGGAGGACCGGGGUUCAUGCUGGGGUCAGAUAUAUAAUUUUAAUAUCAAAACUCACGGACUGACAAAUCGGUCUGUAUUGGCCUGAUUAAGGUUACGCUAUACUUCAGAAAAUAUGGGCUGUCAUAUGUGGAGGCGUGUGUAGCCGAGCGGUUAACACCUCGAACUUCGGAUCUGGAGGUCCGGGGUUCAAGCUUCGCCUGUCGCGUUGUUUCCUUAGACAAGGAAUUUUUCUCCACUUUGUCUCUCUUCACCCAGGUGUAUAAAUGGGUACCGCUAGGGGGUAAUCCUGCGAUGGACUAGUUUCCCGUCCAGCGGGGAGUAGCAAUACUCCUUGGCACGCCUCAUACAAUGGAAUCGGGAAUAAGCUCCGGCCGUUCGGGCCCUUGGUUCAUUUGCGCCUUCAUUUACCUAUUUUUUUUUAUCAUUUUCGCUUUCCAAAGAAUGUUAUCUUAUCUUUCAGGACAAGUGUUGUGGAGUAAUAAAUUAUGCUGAUUGGCGAAACACCAUUUAUGGAGGUCACAGAUAUGACAAAGUACCAGAUAGCUGUUGCAUGGAACAAAAACAUGCUUGCGGGUUUGAGUUCGAAUUAAGCAAGAUUAAACGUCAGGUACGAUAUUCAAUUGUUGUGAUGUGAAUUGUAACAUGACUAAACAUCAUGAAUUUUUUUCCUUUUGUUUUUUUUAUUGCCUUCAUCUUUUCUUUUAUUCUUCUUUUUUAUUUUGUUUUCUUUUAUCCGAUUUGUGGUACCCUGUGCGACUGAGGGGGUUUCCAGUGCCAUAAAAUAAACGUGCCAAUUGGUUCAGUGUUUAGAAUUAAUGAUGAUUAGCUUUUGCAAACCAUCAAGUUUUCAAUCACAAGGCCCUCAGUGUUACGCAUAAGAAUGCCUUUCUUGGGAUCGUUGAUAAAUGGAAGAAAGAUUUCUUAAUGGGACUGUGUACCAGGUCAUUUCUACGAAAAUGUAGGGUGCCAAUAAUAGAACGGAUUGAAAAGCCUAAGCUAUCUCAAUAGCUAUUUAAACUUUUGUAUUUUAAAUGUUUAAAAUUUUGUAGCUAAUAUUUCUGGAUUUCAGUUUUUCGAUAUGUACCAAGGGCAGUGAAGUUCCUGGAUAAUUGUCCGGGCACUCCCUUUCUCACUUCUUAGGAUAUCCCUCCUCCUUCUGCUCCUGCAUCUGAUUAUGAUUAUAAUAAUUAUAAUUAUGAUUUUAAUUUUGAUUAUGAUUUUGAUUAUGAUCAUAAUUAAGAUUAUUAUUUUCAUUAUGAUUAUGAUUAUAAUUAUAAUUAUGGUUGUGAUAUUGUUUCUUCUUUCUUAAUUUUAUUGUCAGGGUUGUUUAAAGGUUGCUGUGGAUAAGAUGAAUGCAGAUUUACUUGUUAUUGGUAUUGGAGGCAUUGUUGCUGCCAUAAUUCAGGUACGUGAACACCGUGUCCGCAUAUGAAUUCCAUUGCACAUUUUCAAAAAGAAGUCUGAUGCUGAGGCGUGGGAUUUCGUCUUGUAUUCAUCCAGGAGAGCAAUGCAAUAAGCGUGAUCUGUAAACCCUAAGAAGUCUAUAUAGUAACACACACUUAAAUCUACCUAACCAAGAAGAUCCCUUCUUCCUCCUUUCGCGGAAAUUUUAUUAGUACCAGAACUAUACGUCGAUGUAGUUCCUUUUCUUCAACUGCCUCUCUGGACUCAAUUUUCAAGUCCAAGCGAGGCUUAGUAAACCCGAAUUGUGAAAAUGGCGCCAGUGCUGAUUCCCAGUAAAAAACAGUAACUAGAGGGUGACGAAGUAAGCCAGUUAAAGAUUGUUGCUUUUCAAUCUCCUAAACCAUGUUUAUUUCAUUAGUUUUAAUAGAACCAAAAUAUAGUGCAAUUGCUUUGCAGAUAAUCGUAGGCGUUGGAUUUUGUUCGUGUUACAUUCGUGAAUCCAGCAACCAAGAUGAACACCGUUCUCACGUGCAUGUUUCCUAUCGAAAGUCAGCAUCGUUACAGGAAAACGAAUAUGACGACGCCGCAGCCACACAGGAAGGUGACGCUUCGGGUACUCAGCAAAGCAGCGAGAAGCCCGCUGGAGAAAAAUCGCCUGAAUCUAAAGUUGAGGUACAUCGUGGUAAAUCAAAAACAGCUCCAGAAAUGCAAUCCGAAAAAACUUAAUUCGAACUUUCCGCAACACCGAAAGGAUUCUUUGAGUUCGACCUAUCUGCUAACACUGGGUUUUAAUAAUUUGUUUUUCCAAAUAUGUAUCAGUUUUUAAUAUGGCAUCGAGAAAAACGGUUCAAAGAAAACUAGCUCCUUGAUAAAGAAGCUAAUAGAAAGAUGGCAAGGGUUCUAGAACAAGCCGACCAGAACUAUUUGCAAGGCCCGUAGAGUUUUCCAAAAAGCGCUCUCGUACUGCCCCUAAAAUGAUAAGACGCUGAUUAUCAGAAUGUACUGACAUCACUGCCGUGACUUGAAAUUCCGAUGUAUUAUCCUAAUAUUCAAGACUCUAGUGACUUUUUGCUCUUAAUUUUGAAGUAUAAAUUUUUAACUAUUUGAGAAGCUCCACUCGAAACAGUAGGGAGUUUAAGAUGCCGAUCGCCACGGAGACGUGGGCGAAAACGUCACUUAAAAAAGUGAAUGCGAUUUUUCCAAUUCGCUUACUUUGUCAAAUGGAAUGCAACUCUUUCGGAGUUGCAUUCCUGAGAAUUAGAACCAUAUCCAAAUUCAGAAAUACAGCAAGAAAAUUUCGUCGUAGCUUAUUUACGUCCUCUACAACGUACACCUGAAAUUAGGCAUUUCACGUCGUAGUUGUGCAGUGACGUACAGAGUUGUUGUUUUGCACAUUCAGGCUGCGUUCACAUGGCAAUGCACGAAUUUCCACCGGUUGAAAAUUCGUGAGUUUAGUUGUUCUGUUCACACGAAACCAUCUUACCCGUACGAAAAUUAAGACGUCUAGCCGUUCAAAGUUCCGUGGGGGGUAUGAACUGAGCGAAAAUUAAAUAUCAAGCGGUUCCCUUUGAACAAAGCAGCCGGUCGAAAAUUCGUCCGGUGUUUUGUGAACAUCCUACCACGUGACAUGCGGACGACCAUAAAUCCAUCAACUUUUAAAAAUGAAUUUGAAAACAUUGUUAUUUUCCCAAGUUUUUUCAUGACUAGGUUCUUAAUUUUUACUUGUAUAUGCUUAUAUAUUGAGAA